CUGAAGGACACACACACUCUCUCCCCCGGCCGGCCCCAACAAGAGCCAAGAAACAAAAGCCUACUAGUGAUGUAAAAGGUGUACGUCUUCACUGCCAAAUUGUUGCUCUGAUAUAUCCUUGCAAGUAAGCCUAGUUUUAAUUGGAGCUUGUGCGCGUGCGCGUGCAUGCAUGCAAGCUUAAUUAGUUGCUACUGCCAUCCAUGUCGGGAGCGGCUGCAAGGGAGUGUGCCGGCAGCUUCUCUUCUGUGAGCAGCAAUAAUACAGCUAGCAGGGAGGUGGAGGAAGAGUUCUUGCAUCAUCAACAGCGGCAGUUCCACAUCAAGCCGCUCCUCGGUAGCCCGCCGGAGAUGGGCACCGACGACGGUGAUCUCCAGCGCGUCACCGGCCCAUCGGAGCCGCCGCCUGCCCUGCCGACGGUGAAGAAGAAGAGAAGCCUUCCGGGGACACCAGACCCUAGCGCGGAGGUGAUCGCGCUGUCGCCGCGGACGCUGAUGGCGACGAACCGGUUCGUGUGCGAGAUCUGCCACAAGGGUUUCCAGCGCGACCAGAACCUGCAGCUCCACCGGCGCGGGCACAACCUGCCGUGGAAGCUGCGGCAGCGCGGCGGCGGCGCGGACGCCGCGGGCGGCCCGCCGAGGAAGCGCGUGUACGUGUGCCCGAAGGCGUCGUGCGUGCACCACAACCCAGCGCGCGCGCUGGGCGACCUCACGGGCAUCAAGAAGCACUACUGCCGCAAGCACGGCGAGAAGAAGUGGAAGUGCGAGCGCUGCGCCAAGCGCUACGCCGUGCACUCGGACUGGAAGGCGCACGCCAAGGUCUGCGGCACCCGCGAGUACAAGUGCGACUGCGGCACCGUCUUCUCCAGGCGAGACAGCUUCGUGACGCACAGGGCGUUCUGCGACGCCCUGGCCGAGGAGAACAACAAGCUGGCGCAGCCCAUGAACAUGGCCACCGUGGCCUCGGCCCUCCAGGGUCAGGCGGCACACCACCUCGCCUUCCCGCCGUCCCACUCCCACCUGCAGGAGGCCGACGCCGCCGAGGACGACGCCGCCGACGACUUCGCCCUCGACACCAAGAGCCCGCAGCUCAGGAUGCUCCCCCCGGCCAUGUCCGACGACGCCGCCGCCCCGCUCCUGCCGCCGCUCAGCAUGGCCGGCUGCAUGCUCUCCAGCCUCGCCGCCGCGAGGCCUGCGCCCUCGCCGUCGGCAGCCUUCUUCACCGGCGCCAGGAUAGGGCUCGACGGGCCUAGCGAUCCCAGCAGAAGCAUGGGCGGUGGCUUCUCGGCGACGGCGAGCAUGUCCGCGACGGCGCUGCUGCAGAAGGCCGCGGAGAUGGGCGCGACCACGGGCGGCGGCGGCUAUGGCUAUGGCGCGGGCUUCGCCACCGUCGGCUUCGGACCCAUGUUGGGUGGGCCUGACCGUCUGCCCGCCAUGAGUCCGUUUGGGCCUCUGAAGGCUGAUCCGCCGCCGUAUGAUGGGCUGCCGUUGGGCCAUGCACAGCUGGUUGGGCUGGACGCAGGCAGGCUGCUGCCGGGUCAGCUCUACUACGGUGGCAGCAACGGUGGUGCGGUCGGCUCGAUGAUGCACGGUGCAUACGGGUCAUCAGCAGCAGACGACGGAUCGCUGAUGCACGGUGGCCAGCAGCAGCAGACGACGGAGCACCGGCGGCCCGACGGCCUGCGCGUCGUGGAUUACCUCGGCGUCGACGACCAAAGGACCUUCAGUGGUAGUGGUGUGAGCCCAUUUGGGCCUCACCUAGGUCCAUGGGCCUAGAUAUCUUUGUACCAUGCUUCACAUGACUUCAAAAAUUCAGUGCACUAUGGGUUUCGCUGAGAUUAUUCUUUUUUUAUCAAUUGGAUGAGAUGAUUCAGUGGGAACAAAACGAAGAGGCAAA